GAGCAGCCCGGGGCCGGCUUCUUGGCCAGACGCUGCUGAUUAAAGCCGGGUGUCAGGCCGAGUCAGUCAGUCCCGCUCAGCUCAGCGCUCGGCAUGGCGCUGCGGGCAGCCUGCCUGCUGCUCUGCCUCGUCUCCCUCGCCCACGUCUCCGUCCAGCAGAACGGCAAGGGCAGGCAGAAGCCGGCGGCCUCCAAGAAAGAUGGUGUGAGCCUCAAAAUGAUUGAAGACCUGAAGGCCAUGAUUGACAACAUCUCUCAGGAGGUUGCUCUACUGAAGGAGAAGCAAGCACUUCAGACAGUCUGCCUGAAAGGCACCAAAAUUCACCUGAAGUGCUUCCUGGCGUUCUCUGAGAGCAAGACAUACCACGAAGCCAGCGAGCACUGCAUCUCACAGGGCGGCACGCUGGGCACGCCGCAGGGUGGAGAGGAGAACGACGCGCUCUACGACUACAUGCGAAAGAGCAUCGGGAACGAGGCAGAGAUCUGGCUGGGCCUCAACGACAUGGCAGCCGAGGGCAAGUGGGUUGACAUGACGGGUGGCCCCAUCCGCUACAAGAACUGGGAGACCGAGAUCACCACCCAGCCCGAUGGUGGCAAGCUGGAAAACUGCGCGGCCUUGUCAGGGGUGGCGGUGGGCAAGUGGUUUGACAAGCGGUGCAAGGAGCAGCUGCCCUACGUCUGCCAGUUCAUGAUCGUGUAGCAGGGCUCUGUCGAGCUGUAGGAUGGCUCCGUGCACGCCACACACCCGCACGCACCUCCACGUAGCGCCACGACCGGGGCAGCCGCCAUGGCCUGGUAUCAGGUCGGAGCUGCGCUGCCUUUCACUUGGCUGCAUCCAGCCCCAUUUGCAUCCCUCUCCCUAUGGCAUGAUGUAUAGAUAUAUUUUUGUACACGGGGAACUGAUGAGGUGGCUUCGAUGAAGACCCGGUGUGACAGCCCAGCCUCAUCAAUGGCCACGUGGGCUGCCCGGGCUGCCUCUCCGCAGCCUCCAUUGCCACUUUGCUGAGCCUUGCUGGGACACGGCAGUGCCAGCCUGUGCCUUCUCCUCUGGCUUUGCUCCCCUGCAGGCCCUGGCACAGGGAUCGGGAUCCUGUCUCAGAGAGCAGAGCAUGUUAUUUCUGCUUUGUGCUUAGAGCCCUUGGCCUUGUACCCAAGCACUGUUGGAGCUGUUGGCCCAGUGUCAUGCUGCUCAAGGGGCUGGCAUGCUGAGAGGAAAAGUGUCUUUCCCACAAGCAUUCCCUUUUUUUUGAUCCUUUUCUCAUCAGUCAGAAGAAAGUGCUUCAUUUAUCUCAGUGAGGGAGCUAGCCCCAGCGUCAGAUCUUUCAAAAUUCCUGCCAUAAGCUUUAUUUAUCCUCCUGUACCACGCAGGAAGCAAUGAUCACUUGCAGUAUACUCAGUCAAAUAUAUUCUUGGGAGCAGGUGAACGUUUUAGGUAAACAAAAAAUCUGCAACACUAUCUAGUAAUAUGCUACUCUAUAGAAGGCAGCUAGCUACCAAAAGCAAAUCCCAACAAGUCUGACUUUAGCCACUUCAGGAGUUUUAGGGCCUGCAUUAGUGAUGAAUUACUCCAGUCCUUGUUGGUCAAGGCCCAGUCCUCAGCAAACACAAAUGUGCUGAGUACCACGUGCGCUGGUAAAGCUGAAGACCUGGCCUUGGUAACUUUCUGAGAAAAGGGUUGAAAAAAUUGAAAUAUAAAUUGGAAUGAUGGGAAGGCAAUGACAGUCUUGCUGACACUGAUUUGCUGACUGCUGGCCAAAGCACACCAGUGGCUCUUUGAUGCCCAGUGCUUGGUGCCAGCCCAGUUCUUUGGGUUACACAUCCCUAGCAUGACGGCAGCCCACUGGGAAUCAUGUGUUCAUGGGGAGCCCUUAGGAGAAGUGUUUCUAUUUGCUGCUUUGCCUAAAACCAGCAUGGUGGUGGGGCUUCCGGAAUUUCAUGUGGGAGAGCCAAGCUGGAGGGUCAAAACACACACACACACACAGUGCAUACUUCCCAGGCUGUCAUUAUUGCCAAACUUUCUGCUGUUCAGAUGAAUAUGAAAUAAAAAUAUAUAUAGCUUGCUGAA